AAUGAAAAAAGGUAAAUAAUAAAAUGUCAAAAAUUUCAAGCAGUUAAAAAUUUGCAAAAAAAAAACCAGCUAAAAAAGUUUGGACACGAUUUUUUUUAGUAAAAACCAACUAGCUAAAACAUAUACAAAUAAAUAAAAUAUUAACUGCAAUGAACUUACAACAGAUAUCAACAUCUGAGCAUGUACCCAUAAUACAACAAAUGCAAGAACACCAGCAGCAGCAACAACAAAUGUUUUUACCACUAAAUAAUCCCAGCAGCAUGCAACAACCUACUGAAGCGACAGUACAUGUUAUGCCAACACCGACCACUAAUUGGAGUAUGGAAUCAAUGCCUUGGAAAAUAACUAAAGCCGAUCAUACUGGAGAUGUAAUGGAAUUUACAGCGCAUGCACCGCAUAAGAAUAAUGCAAUGAGACGGGCUUUGUUGCAUCAAAAACGAAAGUCAGAGUUUAAUGCAAUAGGAACAUUACCCAUCAAACAAUUCAUAUCGGAAGAGAAAAUUACCGCUCAUUUUAAUGGCUUACAUAUAUCUAGUGAUUAUAUACAACAUAAUACUGGUAAUAUAACAGAUGACAACGGCGAUGAAGUACCCUCCACAAGUGGCAAGUGUUUUUCAAAUUUAACCUACGAAGACUAUCAAGUAACGGCCAAGGAAUUGGAAGAGAAACUACGUAAUGCCAAUCGUAUAACUAUGUGUGAAGAGUUGAAAAAAUUUAAUAAUGAACAGAAAAAAGUUUCAUAUUUUCCCGAGGCACUUCUACAUCGUAUAAAUAAACCCUGUACGGCUUUGGUGUUGUGGCAACCGUCACCGAUUAUGAAUAUUUUCAGCAGAAAUAAUAUGAAUGAAAAUGAUAACAAAAGGGAUAUAAAAGAUAACGAAACAAUUGAGGAUUAUACAAUUCCCGAUGUUGAUUUACCCCCCGAACAGCCGGAUGAAAUUGAUGACUUUAUCGAUAACAAUAAUACUUGUAAUUUAGAUUUUAAUAAUGUUAAACCCGAUAGUAUGGAUGAGGAUUUGUAGUGUGAUGUUUUAGUUGAAACGUGUUUGUUUUUCAUAAACACUAUCCACGUUAUUUGCCUAUAUGAAAAUAUUGUAUGUUAGGAUAUUUGUUAGUUGAUGUCUCAAAUAUAUUUUGAAGACAUGUUUUUUCUUUUCAUUAAAUAUAACAUGACUGCUGAUUUUUAGAUAUAAACAAAUAUGUCCUACUAUAUCUAUAUUUGAGUUAUCCUAUUUUUUUAUAUUAAUCUUUUUUAAUGUGUAUUAAUACUUUUUUAUAUUAUUUUAUACGACUCGAAAUUCGAUGAUGUGAUUCUACUGAUACAGAGAACGAAACAAAAAACACAGAAAUAUUCUUACUUAACAAUUAAGCCAUGUUUAUCAUUUAAGUCGCUUGUUUAACAGCUAAAAGUGAUUAAAUUUUUAAGUAAUUUUAAAUAAUUACAUUUAAUUAAUAAAAAAUAUAUAUAAAUAUAUUUGAUC